AUGGCAACACCCGCGGCGCGUGCGUACGAGUCUAAGACCGCACGAGCUUUCGACGUCAUUAUGCGUGGAAGGAAGAAUAAUAUUAUGCAACAGAUCACUAGGAGCUACGGGGCGCGUGCGGCGGUCGCUUCCAGCGCAACUGAACAUGAGGAGACGCGAACAAUCGCUAUCGCAACGGAAUUACCGAGAAAGUCUCUUUGA